AUGGUCUCUGUGCCGACGUCGAAGGCAGCUGCUACGACAUCGAUCCUGACACCGUCAAUAACUUUGAAGGGUCACGGAGGAUGGAUUCGAUCUAUAUCAUAUUGUCCAGAUGGCCAUCAAAUGAUCAGCGGAUCUGAUGAUAAGACCGUUCGGCAAUGGGAUCUGCAGGCGGGAAAAGAGAUUAAGGAAGCGCGGGGUGUUUGCGAAGGGAGGGUAUGGGCAGUGGCAGUAUCAAGGGAUGGUCGAUGGAUUGUCACUGGUGGUGGGGAUUGGAAUAGUGCCCAGCUGAAAGCCUGUGAGAUUGGGACUGGGAUUGUGAAGAAAUUCGAAGGACACUCGGAGAGGAUCAACUGCAUUGAUAUCUCCAUGGACAACACGCUGCUUGCGAGUGGGUCAGAAGAUAAAACAACACGGAUAUGGAAUUUGGAGACCGGUAAACUGGUAGCUGGUCCAUUCGAGAGCCUCAUUUGGGUGGGCGCAAUUCGAUUAUCAACAAACUCGAAAAAGCUCGCAGUGACGUCAAAUGUAGGGAGGUCUUUUGAGGUCUGGGAUAUCCAGUCACAGAAAUUGGAUGUCAGAGUAGGGGAAUAUGAGGUAGGAGGCACGUCUGCGCCAAUAUUCUGGACAAACAACAACGAAAACUUCAUGGCCGCACUCAACUUCACCACAGACGAUGAUGCUAGUGCAAUCUAUGAGUUCGAUGCGUCGACGCUGGAGACCGUCGGAGCUCCCUUUGAAGGGCACACCAAACUUGUCACCAGCAUAGCACUUUCAUUUGACCACUCUCUCCUCGCCAGCGCUGCCUUUGACAACACCAUCAAGCUCUGGGAUUGCGAGUCCCGCCAACUUCUCGCUUCCUUUAACGUUCAGAAUCCUAGGGCCCUUAUCCUCUCACCCGACUCACGUCAGCUAGCUUACACGACAAACACCAAAGAUGAUUACAAGAUCUGCAUCUGCAACACUCCACCCGACAUCCUUGCUCAUACCAGUACCACUUCACACAAAAAGUCAGCCUGUAGUGUUUUACUAGAUUCUGACGCAACUCGUCGUCCUCCUGCUAGGUACCGCAAACCACCAACAUCUGUCAUACCUAUAGCACCAAGACCACCGUCUGCAAUAGACCUGCAGCAACCCAUUUUCGUUCGCCUCAGAAAAUUUCUUCACUUCUCUCCUCGCACGACCACAGGACACCCUGGUGGGAACGGUCAAACUCAUGAUCCGUUAGAUUUCCCUGCUACAUCACCCUUACCUCUCAAUUGCCCUCGUGCAAACAGUCCUCCACCAACUCCGUUGCCUGGUGCCAGGGCCUUUUGCAAUCAUGUUCGGUCGCUGUCAGACAAGGGAAAGCAAAAGGCGCGCGAACCAAAAGGCACAACUGUAAAAGUUGUCGAUGUUCCACUUGGACAAGCUACCUACGCUGAUGUUGUCGGUGUGGACGACGGGCAACGACCAUAUGUUCUCUUCUUUUGCCUCAGCUGGUUCCAGAAAAGGGAGAAGAAGCCGGAACCUCGGCCAGUCUAUGAUGACGAACUCGAGGACGACGAAAAGGACGAAGAUGUUCUUGAUACAGUCGCCCUGCCCCUCAGGGACCAGCACGAAGACAUUGAAUUGAAAACAAUUAGCCAGUCGCAACCAGAAGCAGGACCAUCUCGCCUGGUCGAAGUCGCUCUCCCACGGGAGACUGAGAUCGCGCCGAUAAAACCAGGUUGGACCACUUGA